CUUCCUGUUUGAUUUCGCAGCACUGGCCAACCGCUGGAGUGCAGUUGCAGGACUGACCAUAUUGUGUUUUAUGCGCGACUACUACCUUUUAAGAGUAUGAAGCGGCGUGUUUUAAGAAAGCCACGCGUGAGCAGCCGUGAUCCUGAACAGGACUGAAUUGAUCACAGCCCUCUCAAGUGUCUCAGCAUUUGCCCCGAAACAAAGACACCGUAGCUCGGAGAGAAUGUAAUGCGUGACGAAGACCUCUGGUUGGCUGAGCGGUCCCGGCUACACAAUGUCCUACAGCAACAGAGAACUAGUGGAAUUCUUUGUCGCCUACAAGCUGUCGCAGAAGAACUACCCGACCUCGCUGCUGAGGCCAGACAAUGCUGAUCUCAGAGUGGACAGAGACAAGACGGACCCUUCCACUGCUAAUGGCCUGACUGACAACAGCGUUCCCCUGCAGGAGCAGCAGGGGGCGUCCUCCUCCCCACUUAGUGGCAUAGAAGCUGUGAAGGAAGCUCUCCGGGUCUCGGCAGAAAAGUUUGAGGACAUGUUUAUCCGGGCGUACAGCGACCUCUCCUCCCAGAUAAAUAUCACCCCGUACAUGGUCUACCACGACUUCAAGGCAGUGAUGGACAGCGUGUUUGAGAACGGAAUCAACUGGGGACGAAUAGUGGCCUUGUUUGCCUUCGGUGGGGUCAUCUGCGUCAAGUGUGUGGAGAAGGGAGUCAACGACAUGGUCUCCAGCGUUGUGGACUGGAUGACUAUUUACCUGGACGAGAACCUGAGUCCAUGGAUCCAGAGUCAUGGAGGCUGGGACUCCUUUGCUAAGAUUUUCGGUGAAGAUGCAAGUCGAAGAGCGUUGUUGGACUUGCAGUGGCGAUGGAUGCUGGUGGGUCUGGUGCUGCUAACAGGAGUGACCAUCGGCGUUCUCCUCUCCAGGAAAUCAUGAAGAACCACACCCUUUGUUUACAAAAGGCCAGUCUUCUCCUGCACUGGCUCGAUCCUUAACAUGUGGCUCAGAGAGCUUGUGUCAUUAUGUAGUUAUUCUCAGUUGCUGAAAGGAUUCUUUUUUUAGGAAGUGAACACCUUAAAAAGCUAUAUGGAAAUGUUCUUAUUUUGUUUCUCAUGGCCAAAACUGUAUAACCCAUCACUGUGUAAUCUGCUGCUUGUGUUGACAUCCAAAUAAUAAAUAUAUUUAUGUUUUUUAUGCGUCUCCAUGCCGACCGGGGAGCAAGUGUGGGCGUCCUCUCAUGGGCUGCCAAACGUCGGAAGUUUGUCAGAGCAAUGUUUAUGUAAUGGAGAGAUAGCCAAACAUAUGUUGUUGGAGUGACUGUGUCUUUUGUGUGUUUCCUCUGAGCACUCUGGUUUCUUCCUGCUGUCUAAAAUCAUCCAGUGUUUCCUUGAUGACUGAACAAUGGCACUAACCGAAAGGAAGUAAUCAUCUGUCUGCUGCAAUAUAUUGAUCAAUAUGUUAAUAAAUGGAAAGUGUAGUGGAACUAAAGAAAUCUGUUUCAGUUCCAGGCAGGAGGAGUUGAAAUAUUUUUAUUUCACCGCACUGUUUUGAUGUGCAUUCUGAUGUCUGUAGAAUGAUUCUUUAUCGUCUUGGAGUGAUCAUUUCUCCCUUCACCACUCGGCACAUUUGCAAAAGUGAUUUGAAGUCCACCUCACCACCCUCAACUGUGAAAUACACAGCCUUUAGUGUCUACAGGUGUGAGUGCUGUAUGUGUGGUACCAUAUUUUUUUGUUUUUACUGAGCAAGUGAAGUCGUAUUUCAAUUUCCCACAUAUAAGCUCUAAUGGAAUACUGUUGCGUUUUAA